GCUGUGAAUUGUUAGAUGCAAAUUAAAACGUUAACAAUUGUGCUCAAGUUCUUAUAAAUAUUUAUUUACAAAUAUGACGACGCUUUUGUAUGCCGAACCGGAACUGAUAAUUGCUUUGAAUACAAAAGUAAUUUUCGUAAAUCCCAAUGAUUUUCAAAUUUUUAAAGAAAUAGAAAUACCAAAAGAUUUGUCUGAAGUCGGUCUGAAAGCUCCAAAAACUAAUUCUGAAGGGGAUGGCGAGGGUGACAGUGAACAAGCUAAAGUGACGAAGAAACUAAAAGAAGUGAAAACUGAAUUGCCAAGCAUUCUGCAUGUGGAACUUUCUCCAGAUCGUAGUCUAUGUGCUGUAACGACUGCCGGCCAAAAGGCUGUCUUGCUCUACCAAUGUCGCCCUGAACACGCUAAACUUGUCUCGGCCAGGUCACUGGCACGUGCUUCAAGUGCACUUACGUUUAGCAAAGACUCCAAAGUGCUUUUGGUAACAGAUAAGUCAGGAGAUUGUUAUAAAUAUGAUUGUGUGAAUUUCGAAGAGGAACCGCAACUCUUACUUGGCCACCUGAGCAUAGUCUACGAUGUAUUAUGGACCCCGAAUUCGAAAUAUAUUAUCACAUGUGAUAGAGAUGACAAAAUACGCAUAACCAAUUAUCCUGCAACGCAUGAUAUACACGGCUACUGUCUCGGGCAUAAGGAGUUCGUUUCUGGUUUAGCAUUUUUGAGUGACGACACUAUUGUGUCUGUAUCUGGUGAUAAGACAUUACGUAUAUGGAACUUCAUAAGUGGCCGAGAAAUAUCCAAAUUUGAACUACCAGCACCUGCUUUAAAACUAUGCUUAAGGUCGAAGGGUGAGAAUAAAUUUGAAGCCGCUGUGUUGUUAUAUCAGCCGGGCGAAAGUGUUGGCAUUUACGAAAUUAGUAAUAGUGGUGAGGACCAAUGGCUGAUAACGGAGCGCACGAAGCUUGAUUUCCCAGAAGUGAUCAUAAGCAACAUAUGUUUCGUAAAUGAGAAGUUUUAUGCUGCUGGCAUUGUUGACGAACGUUUCAGUUUGAAAGUAUCGCAGCUGACGGACAGUCAGCCAUCUAUACCAACCGAAUGGAUUAAUAUGAUUGAGAAGCAAUUCAGAUCCGAAGUGUGGAAGCCCGAAGAUGUGUCGGCAUGGUUCAAAAAGCGAUAUGACAAUGUGAGCGACUACUUAGAACGCAAGAAACGUCGAAUUGAGGAAAAGCAAAAGUAAUAUUUCAGUUCUAAGGAAAUAUAUUCCAUGUUAAAUACAGUAAAUAAAGUGAACUUUUUAAAUCGA